AUGUGUCGGUGUUCCGGGUCUGGGGAUGUCGAGCCUUUGUCCGCAAUACUACCGCGGACAAGCUCUCCGCCCGCGCGAUUCCCUGCGUCUUCCUUGGCUUUGUCCCUGACGCGCCUGGCUGGCAGUUUUACCACCCCACCUUGCGCCGUGUCCUGCCCUCUCAGGACGUCAAGUUCGACGAGUCGGUUCCCUUUUACCGUCUCUUCCCCUACCGCACUGCCUCUCUCCCCCCCCCCGCCGCUCUUCCUUGCACCAGGUCCUCCUCCGGUAGACCCCCUCCCCCCUCAGGGUCCUGCUCCCUCUGGUGUGUCUCAGGUAGACGCUGUGGAGCUUGUCGAGCCUGGGGGUGCUGGGCCUGAGCGUGUGGACUCUGGGGUUGUUGAGCUUGGGGUUGCUGAGUCUGAGGGUUCGGAGCCUGGGGGUGCUGAGUCUGAGGGUGCUGAGCCUGGGGGUGCUGAGCCUGGGGGUGCUGAGCCUGAGGGUGCUGAGCUUGCGGUUGCUGAGACAGGGGGUGCUGAGUCUGGUGGAGUUCCUGCAGGUGCCUCGUCUCGGCGGGAGCCUCUCUCUCCACCGCAGCUGCGCGAGUGGUUUUCUCGCCGAUGGAGAUUCAAGCGAGGAGCUGAUAGAGCUGAGGGGGCUGCCACUGGAGCCCAUGGAGCUGGUGCUACUGGAGCUGUUGGAGCUGGAGGUGCUGAUGGAGGUGGAGAUGCUGGAGGUCCUGCUGGUGCUGGAGCUGCCGUAGGUGCUCGUAGUGGAGGUACUGGAGCUACUGCAGCUGGUGGUGCUACAGGAGUUGGAGCUAGUGGCACUCGAGCUGUUGCUGCUAGAGGUGCAGCUGGAGCUGGAGCUGCUGGAGGUGCUGGAGGUGGUGGUGCUGCGGAAGUUUGA